AUGAGUUCGACUCUCCCGAAACCAGUCAACAGCAUCUUGAGUGCAAUUGGCAACACCCCGGUGGUGCGCCUUAACAAUGUUGUGCCAAAAGAUGCUGCAGAAGUCUUCGUCAAACUGGAAUACUUUAAUCCAACCGGGAGCUACAAGGACCGCAUGGCAAGGUCUAUGGUAGAAGAGGCGGAGCGACGGGGAGACUUGAAAGCUGGUAUGACCAUUGUUGAAGCCACCGGUGGCAGUACAGGGGCGUCAUUAGCCCUCAUAUCUGCUGUCAAGGGAUAUUGCUUCUUGGUCGUCUGUUCCGACGCCUUUUCAGUCGAAAAGUUACGCACAAUGGCCGCGUUGGGAGCAGAAGUCGAUAUCGUACCCAGCGUUGGCGGGAAGGUCACCGCUGACCUGAUUCCCUCUUUGAAACGCCGUGCGGAGGAAAUUAGCAAGACCAAUGGCUAUUAUUAUACCAACCAGUUCCAUAACGACGAUGCACUUGUUGGUUAUGGGGAAAUCGGACACGAGCUUGUUGAGCAGUUCAGCGAUGGCAUCGACGCCUUCUGUGGUGCUGUUGGCACUGCCGGUAUGGCCACAGGAGUAGCAGGUGUUUUACGAGCAAAGCAGCCUCAUGCCAAAAUAGUAAUUCUGGAGCCUGCGGAAUCACCGAUGCUCACCAAGGGUCAGAAAGGAAGUCACACCGUCGAAGGCAUCGGCUCUGGAAUUAUCCCGCCGCAUCUGGAUCAGCGAUUAUACGACGAAGUUCGUGCUAUUCCUGAAGCAGAGGCUCGAGACAUGUGUCGCCGCUUGGCUAAAGAAGAAGGAAUGCUUGUUGGAACUUCAACUGGGAUCAAUAUUGUUGCCGCAAUACAGCUAGCUAAAGAGCUGGGUCCUGGAAAGAGGGUGGUUACCGUGGCGGUGGAUACUGGUCUCAAGUAUCUCAAUGGCACGCUUUUUGCAGACCAGUAG